CAGGAAGGUUGGAGGCUCCGAGCGACGACUGAACCUGGUCGCGGCUGCUGGCAUCAUGUCCCGCGUGUCGGUGCCCUGUCAUGUGAAAAGCACUGUAGCCCUGCAGGUGGGCGACGUACGGACUUCCCAAGGCCGGCCUGGCGUGCUGGUUAUCGAUGUCACCUUCCCCAGCGUUGCGCCUUUCGAGUUGCAGGAGAUCACAUUUAAGAAUUACUACACAGCCUUUUUAAGCAUUCGUGUCCGUCAGCAUACUUCAACACACUCACCAGCGAACUGGGUGACUUGCCUGCGGGACUACUGUCUGAUGCCUGAUCCACACAGUGAGGAGGGAGCCCAGGAGUAUAUAUCGCUGUUCAAGCACCAGAUGCUGUGUGACAUGACCAGAGUACUGGAGCUGCGUCUGAUUCUACGGCAGCCAUCACCACUGUGGCUGUCUUUCACAGUGGAGGAGCUGCAGAUCUACCAGCAGGGACCAAAGAGCCCCUCCAUGACCUUCCCCAAGUGGCUGUCUCACCCAGUACCCUGUGAACAACCUAUCCCCCUCCCUGAGGGUCUUCCAGACCCCAGCAGGGUGUCUUCUGAGGUGCAGCAGAUGUGGGCACUGACAGAAAUGAUCCGGGCAAGUCACACCUCCACGAGGAUCGGCCGUUUUGAUGUGGAUGGCUGUUAUGACCUGAACUUGCUCUCCUACACUUGAGCAGUGGCUCCUAGCUGAGACAUUGGCCUUUCAAUGCCCAUCCAGGCUUGGUUUGGGCUACCAGAGGCAGAAUUGUGUAUCCUGUGCAUUCCAAGUGUUGCUUGCAUGCCCAUUCUGUCUGGGCCACAUUUACAGAUUCAAGAUUCUUGGGGCUUACUGUAUUACUUCAGCAUGAGUUCCUAACAAGGAUACACUCUGUCUUCCAUCUGGCUGCAACACAAUUCCUUCUUCUACCCUAAAAAUACUGAAAAUUCCUGAGCACCCUCUGCCCCUUCUGCCAACAAGCACACCCCUGUCUUCUGCCAGUUCCCCUACCCUGACUGCAGUGGGCUGGGAUGAAUCUGCUCCAUCUAACCCUAGAAGGUUACUGUUCCCUUGGCACUCAUUUAUUGGGAAGCUUGAUGAAGAGGUGCCCCAUUCAUUCCUCAGUUCCCCCUCAUGGCCUUCUUUCCCUUUGGUGUUAUUCCUACAAAACAAAUUUCCUGUUUAAACUCAGCUGCUACCUGCCUACCAGGCAAAGCUGGAGAUCUGGAUAUCCUGAGUUCCUAGAUCCCUGAGCUGUCUCCUGGAUGUGUUCCAUUGGGCCUGGACAGGUGCCUCUGGCAAUACUGGAGCCUGAAAAUGAGAACUACAACCUGUGUGCCAUCUGACACAGCUCAAAGCAUAUCCAUGUUUCUUUUCUCAGUUGGUUCUUUGCAUUUGUGCUCAGCAUGAGGGGUCAACCUUGGUAGGUAGGUGGGAUCCAAGUGAGUCACUGGUGCCUUUUAAGAGGCUAAGGUACUUCAUCAACCUGGGCCAACUGUUGAAUAAUGCAGGCACUUCUUCCUUCAUGUGAGAAAGUCUUGAUUACUUCCAGUUCUUCCUAGCUUUGCCCCUGGGGGAGUAUUAUGAAGGCAUAUUGCAGGUUGUCUCAGACAUGGCAAACUGGACGUAUGUGGCAUAAUAGUUUUCUGGGGGAAGUUUAGUUGAGUCACCAUUUGGUUCCCACCCUCUGUUCUCACCCAUCAGCCUUCUUGCAGGUGGUGUCUAUCUUCAGGGUCAUUUACUUAGCCCACUCAACUUUUUCUGAAAGGAUGAUGACCAUAGUCCUGUGUUCAGGAAACAAUACCCCUCAGUGUGUGUAUAUGUGAGUAAAGAGGACCCUGGGGUUGCAGGGAUCAUAUGAUAUUCCCAGCUAUGUUCCCAGUACCCAGCACAGGACAAGAUCAAUAAAUACUUGUGGAAUGCA